AUGGCCUUCUCUCAGGUUUCCUUUCCCCUCAAUCCUAAACAAAAGGGUUUUGUGGAACGAGUGUCUGUGGUUUUAGCCAAGUUCAAGGGCGAAGAUUAUUACGCCUAUGAGCAACACGGUGCAUGGUAUUUGGGCCUCGGAACCCAGGCUUCAUUGCUGGUCGACGCUAAAGGAGAGAUCGCUACGGUCACUGCCGGAGCGCGGCGUGAAGAACAUCCGGUUCGAAAUUCCCUUGCUCAGGCGGCGCGCGACUUUCUUUCCCAACACGCUCGACCCGGCCAUAAAGCGUUCGGGCAUGUUGGGUAUAACUACGCCGCACACGUCCGAGGAAUACCGUUUCAGUCGGGCCUUUGGCCACUGCUAAGUCUCUUGGUUCCACGCACAGAGAUCACAUUCCACCAUGAUCAAGUCACUCUGACUGGGUCCAACGACACGGAAUUAAAGGAGCUGUCGGCACUGAUCAUCGGCGACACCUGUCUAGAACCGGGUCCAAAAUUGAGGAUUGAUACAACGGAUUCCGCGGGAGAGUAUAUCACUCGUGUUCAGCGAGCGCAGGAGGAAAUUGAAGAAGGAAGUUAUACCAAGGUCAUCCCCUCGCGCGCCGUCCGUCUUGAGGGUCGCGUGAACAUGGCAGCAACGCUUUUGUGCGGUCGUCGGGCCAACGAUCCGGCCCGUACUUUUUCAUUUAGCCAGGCCGGAUUCCAGGCAACAGGCUUUAGUCCGGAACUGGUAAUGUCCGUCCAGGAUGGCAUCGUGGCUACAGAACCGCUCGCUGGAACACGAUCGCGCCUCGGCACUUCGGCGGAGGUUGAAAGCCUGGCGCAUGAAUUGACACACGAUACGAAAGAGAUUGUAGAGCAUGUUAUGUCUGUCAAGGAAGCAAUGCAGGAACUAGAUCAAAUAUGUGUAUCUGGCACGGCAGCCACAAAUGACCUGAUGUCUGUUCGUGCCCGCGGUAGCGUGCAGCAUCUGGGAUCUCGGGUCUCUGGUACACUGGCAGCAGAUAAGGACCCAUGGGAUGCCUUAGCGGUCAUUUUUCCCUCAAUCACAGCGUCUGGAAUUCCGAAACAGGCAGCGUUGGAAGGGAUCCAGCGUCUGGAACGCGAACCCCGCGAGCUGUAUUCUGGCGCUGUCUUAAUGUUGGACGGACCCGAUUCCUUCGAGGCUUCGCUCGUUCUGCGCACCGUAUUCCAAGACCACCAUCGCUCGUGGGUUCAAGCUGGGGCCGGAGUCAUCGCGCAGUCCAGACCUGACCGAGAACUCACUGAAACCCGCGAGAAGUUGGCCAGUGUUGCCCCAUUUGUCGUCGCAGAGUGA